AUGAUAAUUUUCAUUGUUCUGGUGAUGAUCCUCUGCAUCUAUUUGGAACAUUGGAAAGUUUAUGAGAAGCGUUUGGAUCGCGCCACCGCAUCACUGCCCGUUCCACCUUGCUUGCCUGUAUUAGGAAAUGCUAUGAUAUUUUUGGGAGACUGUGAAAAAGUUGUUAAGAAUCUUGAAGAUAUAGCAGAAAUUAGUUAUAAAAACAAGGGAGCCGUGAAAUUAUGGCUUCGUCCGAAGUUAUACGUGGGUGGUAAGCUUCGCGUUGUCCUGCAUAUGUUAUUUGACCGCGAGAUACAGUUCACGAACGAUCAACUCCGGGAGCACCUUGAUUCCAUUACCAUUGCCGGAAACGACAUCACGGCGCUCGUCAUUGCAUAUACUUUAGUCCUGCUUGGUAUGCACCAGAACGUGCAGGAUAAAGUAUUUAAAGAGUAA